UGGGGCUGGGACCCACAGCCACUGGAGGAUCGGAGGGCGAUGGCGGCGGAGCAGAGGACCUGGCCCCCUCUGGGUCCUCUCCUCCUGCUCCUCACCAUGGCAGCUGCAGGUGCCAUUGAGAUCAACCUUCAUCGUGUUGACAACGUAACAGUUAGGAUAAAACCUGGAUCUUCAGUUCUAAAAACCUGUGCAAUACGUAUAGGAGGAAGGCAACAUUUUUCUGAACAAAAAAUAUAUUCAGGACAACAGUCUGAUUUUACUUUUGAUUGUCAGACUCCAGAGAAAUAUUGGAUCUUGGUGGUAGAGAAGAACAUUGAUUGUAUGUCAAGACAGUGCCCUUUUGGUGAUGUCCUGCUUCAGCCUUCUGGAUUGCCACGCCUUAACAAGACCUUUGUUUGGGAGGUUAAAGCUGACCAGUUUAGUGGCCUUGAGCUGAAGUUCUCUCCUUGGUUAAGACAAAUUCUGCCUGGAGACACUUGCUCUGAUCAAGUCCUUUAUAACAUUGGCUGUCGUCUUGCCACAACCAGAGUCAACAUUGGAAACUUCUGCAGAAAUGGUUCUGUGUCUCGAGUGAAGGUGCAGGGGGGAGUUAUCUUGACUCUACAGCUUCCUUGGGAUUCCAAAGUCAGUGCCUCUGGUUUUAAGCUGGAAAGCAGAUCUUCUAUACAAAGAUUAAGCAUUAUUGAAUCCGUGCUUCAAAAUGAAUCAUCCACUAUGCUGAUGUCUGCCAACUAUCCACUGGGGUUUCCAGAAGAUGAACUCAUGACAUGGCAAUUUGUCAUUCCACACAACUUAAGAGCUCACGUCUUCAUCCGAAAUUACACUAGACCAAAUUGUGAACGGAAAUUUGAGAAGCUGGAAUACUUCUUACCUAAAUUACAAUCUAGCCAUGAGGUUAUAGUGUUAGGACUGGACAAGCCACAACCUACCAACAUUCCUGGUAGUUUUAACCUUUCUCUUCAGGGUUGUGACCAAUUUGACCGGAACCCAGGGGUCCUCAGUCUGCUUUUUGAAGUUGAUGUUCGGUAUCCUAAAAAUGAAGACAAUGUAACCCAUAUCAUUGACCUAAGGAGAGAGAAACACAUGAAUCUUACUAUUUAUUCAAAGCCAACGAAGCCUGGGUCUCUUCUGAAACAUGAACAUGGAUGCUUGAUCUGUAUUGAUUCUAAUAAAAACUGUAAACCUAAUGUGACCUUAGAAUCUGCCUUCAAAUACUCAGUCACCUUUAUGUGCCGAAAUCUGGAGAAUAUCAGGAUAAUAGCUGAGAAAUCUAUAGUUUGUUGGAAUUCAAGAAGUUGCCCCAAAGUCUUUCCUCUGGUUGUACCCCCAUCUCUUACCCAGCUGCCAAUACUAAUUGAGAGAUUUACAUGGAAACUCCAGGCUCCAGAAGAUCUCAACAUAGAAAUCAGGUCUCCAACCCUGAAACUGAAACAACAUAUACCACAGAGAGAGCAGCUAUGCCGGGGCAGUUAUAACUAUGCCAUUAAUGGCACCACCCCGGGGAAGAUACUGAGUUUUGGCAUCUUCUGUCCUGGGGGAGCCAUUGAAAAAAUUCAGAUGAAAGACAAUGUUACUAUAACUCUUAAGACAUAUGGGAGCAAGUGGUUCAAUGAGUCUCAGAAACAGGAUCUUCAGCUGUUCUUCGUGCCAGCUAUACAAGAAGAAUGUAUUUUCAGUCUGACUCCAGAUCCAAAAGCCAAAGUUUAUCUAGAGACUCCUAACUGGUUGGAAGGCUUGCCUUCUUUUAUGUCAGUGUAUUGGAACAUUAGUAUCCCAGGAAAACAAGUUGCGCAGCUAAAUUUCCUAAGUGAACGGAUGGGUGUAACUUGUGAAAAAGGCCGGGCUUAUAUCAAUAUUAGAGAACAGAAUUUGAAGGCAGAAGAAACUGUGUGUCGGGAGGAUCAGAUACUGCCAAAGAGUUUAGAAAUGCAUGACCGCUUCUGGAUGAACAUCACUAACUGUAAACCUGCUGCCAGACAGCUGCUGAGUAUGCAUUUCAUGGUGACACUUGUUCAGAAAAACACGGCACUGCCGGUUAUAAUAGGUGCCGUGGUUGGUGGGAUAGCAGUCCUAGCUGCUAUUGGGCUUGUCAUAUUCUGCAAGAAGAAAAAGAACAAGAAAAAGGAAAGCUCCACCCCAAUGGUGGGAGUGUAUAAUACCAAUAUCAACACCCAGUUACCCGUGCGACAGGGCAAGUUCAAGAAGGAUAGGAAAAACAAUGACUCUCAUGUCUAUGCGGUCAUUGAUGAAUCCAUGGUUUAUGGGCACCUGCUGGACAAAUCUACAAUACCAGAAACCGCGGAGGUAGGGAUGUACCAGCCCUUUUCCGGGCCCACGAGUACUACUCCCCCUUCCCCUCCUCCACUGAGGAAAGCAUCCAAAGUGCCCGAAAUGGAGGAGUCUUCAUUCAUGAUAAUGACUGACAACGAGAACUAUGCCUUUACACGCCGUUCACCAGGGGAACUCCAGGGCAAUGGUGAUGUGAAUGUGAGUGGCAAUGGAAAUGUGGGUAGCGAGCCCUUGCUUGAAAGCAAUGAACAGGAAAAUUCAGCAGAGUAACCUCUAUGCCAGUGACUUCCCAGGUUCAAAGAAGAUAUCAAGUCUUGACACUUGAAUCUGUGUAUGUGUUUAAAAGGAAAACGCCUCUGAAACCAAUAUUUUCUACUUUUCAUGUGAGGGUUGUUUUUUUUUUUUAAACAACAGUGGUUGCAGCUCUUUUCAGUUUUUUAAAUGAAAUUUCAGACCAUAAAUUGCCUUAGCAUGUUUCAUGGGAAUGUAAAUUUUGACUAUGGAAGGGAACAGCAAAGAUGCAUUUCCAGUCUUUGAUUAAGAACAGACUUUUUUUAAAAAAAAAAAAUUAAAGGCAGGAGAUCAGAUAUUGGAACAUUGUCAGAAACACCUAUUGAUUCCUAUCUAUCUUGGAAGAGAUAAGGUCUCAUCGAGCUGAAGAUUUUUAACUUUGCUACAGAAUGAAUGCUUAUCCCAAAUAACAGCAUAUCUUGAAGACAGCUCUCCUAACCAAAGCUCUGCCAAAUGAACAUUAGUUUUAUUAUUUAUGAGGUUUUAUUUCUCACUUUAUGUCCAAGUUACAGACAUCUUCACAACUAAAAAAAAUGGUUUUGCUGUUUGUAAGGAAAUAUUCAACUUAUCUCAAUUUUCUGUCAGUUGUGCUGUAUAUGUACAAUUGUAACUGCAUUUUUAAAAUUUCCAUUUAUAUGGAAAGGAUAUUGUGAAUUUUUAUUGAUUAUGGGUUUUUUUUAAAUGUUGAGGUAUUGCCAAGGAUGUAAUGCAAAGAAAUGUAUUACUCCAGCAUUAAAACUUGCCCACAUAAGGAGUGGGUUGUCAUAUGUUUGAUUGUCAACCUGUAGUGUCAUAUUAGUAUCAAAUGUGUGUUAAUUGUGGCAAAAAACCUCAGUGUCCUAUGAACAUCAACUCCACUACUCCUCAGACAGUAUAGCUCUCCAAUGAUAUUCAUCAACCUCAAAGUCUAGCCUAGGGUGAAGGAUGAUGGUAGUAGUAGUUUCUUUGUCCUGCUCUAUAGAUGUGAGAAAGUUACAUUGUAAAAAUAAGACCACUUUGUGCUUAUGAUGAAACAGUUGUUAUAUGCAUGCCCUCAGAUACAGAAAUGCUGUUAAAGAAAGCAACAGUUUUUUUGGUAUGGGUUACAAAUAGCCAUCACAGCCAAAAUGGUCACAAGUCAGUGUAUUUAAGCACUUCAUUCUGGAGUAUGCGUGUCACUGAUGGCUACUGGUUCCCAUGUUAGUGGGGCAAAGAGUCCAUUCCAGGUUUUUGCUAGUUUUAAAGGAAUUGUCCAAGUUGUUGAACCUUAGGAAUUAAAAUCUUCAGUGCACAUACUUGCCCCACUGACAUGGGGGCUAUCAGCUGCCACUGAUGGAUAUUGUGGAAUAUGCUCUGUUUUCCACUAAAUGCACAGCAUCCACUCAACCAUUUGGCUGGUUUAUUGUGAAUAAAACCCUGGAAUAAUGAUAAUAUGAUUGAAUACAAGUUAAGAAAGAAUGAAAAGAUAACAUCUUUUAUUAGCCUUCUAGCAAUUUUUUUUAUCUUGAAGAAAUAUACUUACCAAUUGUCAUACAAAUUUUUCACUCAAAAUUAUUCAGCACCUUACAUUUUGUGGCAAAGCAUGUUCACUGGAGCUUUCUGGAGGCUUCUUGAAAUCAGCGUUUCCUAACUCUACAUGAGCAUAUAACAAUUGCCUGAGCACCUCUUGCGUAAUUUCAAUGGCUCUUAAGCACAGUGUUUUUGUGUGGUUUUUACAAGCAGAAUUUUAAUCCGUCACAGAAUCUAGAAUGACUAGAACCCAAAGGUGUGGGAUGAUACUCAGUAUAUGUUAUGGGGAUACAAAUACCUCCCUCUUUUCAGAAGCAGCCCUCUCCAUGUUGCCUAGGCAGCUGAUCUUCGAAACUCAGGGAAAUAUCAGUAGUGAUUUCUGGCUUGCAUUAAGCUGACAAAGCAAAAUAGAGCAAUGCUAUGGCACUCAAACAAGUGCUUGCACAGCUGUAUUAAUUUGCAUAACCCAAUUAGCAUUACGUUUCAGACUUUUAAAUGCAUAUUAUAUUGAAGCUUUUAGCAAAGUUUACAUUGUUUACAUUAAUAUUUCAGAUUUUUAUAAAAUUAAUGCUCCCUGUAUCUCUUUACCAGCGCUGUUUGCGGGGCAGGUAUUUCUGAACUCUGAUAUUACUUGUGCUCUGUGCAGUUGCCCCUCUUCAGUUAAACAGAAGUCAGAUAUGGACUGGAUAUGCUUGGGUGCAGUCUUAAAGGGUUGUUUCAGUUACGUUUGCAAGACAAAAUCUAUCUUGAGACUGAUGUUUCAGGCUGACAACAGAAACCCCCUGUGGCACCCCUGUCAGUAGAUUUUAGCCGGAACUUUAAAGGAGCUAUUCAGUGUGCCAAACCUAUUCUGGAGAUAGGGAUCAGUACUCUGAAUAAGUUCUGUAAGUUUAGACUAAAACACAGAGAGCAUUCCCUGUCCCACUGUCCUGGGAAGUACUGGCAGUCAUUGGUAAACACUAGGCCACUGCAUGAGUCUGUGCUGAAUGGAGUUUUGUUUCAGGCACCCUCAGAAGAGAAAAGAAGAAGAAGAAACAGUGGCAGACGUUCACUACUAUUAAACGUGUGUGUGUGAACUGUAAAAUUUGUAUCAGGAAGUUGGGGCUGUGUUUUAUGAAAAUGUAAAAAGACACUACACUGGGUAUUACCUUUCUUGGAUUGCGUGGAACAUCAUUUCCUGGCAAUAUCACAAUUUUCCAAACGCAUGUUGUUUCUCAGCAGUAAGAUGACAUUGCCUUUUGGGUAAUGGGGCUGUUUCUGUAGCUUUCAUGCAUGCAGACCAUCAUGCAAUACAGUCUUCAUUCAAAUUACUGGAUUGUAAUCUCUUUUAACAGAAUUAUUCCCAUCUAACGUCUUACCUGGUUAUUAUUUUCUGCUCUGAUCAUUUCUGUUCUGCUAAUUUAUUCAGUGUAUAUAUAUUUUUCUUUCAUUUUUAAGAAAAAACAAGAUAUAAAGUAUUGCCUUAAUGUAGACAUAGCUGUUGUAAAUAUUUGUGAGAUUGUGUAUGACUGAAAUCCUCAAUGUAGUCAUAGAAGAAUGUACAUUUCUUAUGUUACUCUGACCUAAGUGUAAUAUAGUUGAUACAUGUGUUCUUUAUAAUGAAAUAAAUGAUGUUUGCCAUCAUAA